AAAGGGAACGAGUACUAGAAAAACUUCCCCUAGCUGGACACCCAGCUCGCGCCGCCUCACAUUCGACCUCCUGUGUUGGGCUCACGGCUUACGUCACAGGAAAUCUAGCCAAUGAAAAUUGCGUAUGGUCGGCGCCCUCAGCCAAUGGGGUCGGAGCGGGAGAUUUGAAAGGUCCUCGGUGAAGGCACGGCUCCGGCGAGUCUGUCGUUUGCGGAGCUGGAAGAGUAGUUGUGCCUCGGGCUGCAGGCGAGCGGGCCUCCUUUCGCGGGCCUUGCGCCGGACAAGCUCUCUUCCCCCUUUCCCUCUAAGGAUGGCCCAGAAGGAGAACGCCUACCCCUGGCCCUACGGCCGGCAGACGGCUCCAUCUGGCCUGAGCACCCUGCCCCAGCGAGUCCUCCGGAAGGAUCCUGCUACCCCGUCUGCACUUGUCCUCAUGAGCCGCUCCAAUGUCCAGUCCACAGGUAAAGCUGCCCCUGGCCAGAAGGCGGUGGAGAAUAGCAGUGGGACACCCAACCUCUUAACGCGGACCUUCACAAUUAAUGACUUUGAGAUUGGGCGUCCUCUGGGCAAAGGCAAGUUUGGAAAUGUGUACUUGGCUCGAGAGAAGAAAAGCCAUUUCAUCGUGGCGCUCAAGGUCCUCUUUAAGUCUCAGAUAGAGAAGGAGGGUGUGGAGCACCAGCUGCGCAGGGAGAUCGAAAUCCAGGCCCACCUGCAGCAUCCCAACAUCCUGCGUCUGUACAACUACUUUUAUGAUCGGAAGAGGAUCUACUUGAUUCUGGAGUACGCCCCCAGAGGGGAGCUCUACAAGGAGCUACAGAAAAGCCGAACUUUUGAUGAGCAGCGAACAGCCACGAUCAUGGAAGAGUUGGCAGAUGCCCUGAUGUACUGCCACGGGAAGAAGGUGAUUCACAGAGAUAUAAAGCCAGAGAAUCUGCUCUUAGGGCUCAAGGGAGAGCUGAAGAUUGCUGACUUUGGCUGGUCUGUGCACGCCCCCUCCUUGAGGAGGAAGACAAUGUGUGGUACUCUGGACUACCUGCCCCCAGAGAUGAUUGAGGGGCGCACACACAACGAGAAGGUGGACCUGUGGUGCAUCGGAGUACUCUGCUACGAGCUGCUGGUGGGGAACCCGCCCUUUGAAAGUGCGUCACACAACGAGACCUACAGGCGCAUAGUCAAGGUGGACCUGAAGUUCCCCCCUUCUGUGCCCGAGGGAGCUCGGGACCUCAUCUCCAAGCUGCUUAGGCAUAACCCCUCAGAACGGCUGCCCCUGGCCCAGGUCUCAGCCCACCCUUGGGUCCGGGCCCACUCUCGGAGGGUGCUGCCUCCCUCUGCCCUUCAGUCUGUCCCCUGAUGGUCUCUGCCUUUCACAUGGUUGUGUCUGCGUUUGUAGGUCUAUGUAUGUGUAGGGGGAAGAAGGAGUCCCAGCCUUUUCCUUAUCUGUUUUCUACCUCCUUUUUGUUUAAUAAAGGCUGAAGCUUUUUAUAC